GAUAACAUUGGCAAGGUCAUUGAAAACGGGCCAAGUAUGGGCUAGCGAAGUUCACAGAAAGUUGACGUGGAGAAGCUUGAACAUGGGUGGGAAAAAAGUUUGCAUCGUUGGAUCGGGAAACUGGGGCUCAGCUAUUGCAAAGAUUGUUGGCCAGAACGUGUUGGACAAGGGUGAUACAUUUGACAAGACUGUAAAAAUGUACAUGUACCAGGAAAUGUACAAUGAUGAAAAAUUAACUGAGAUCUUCAACAGAGAACAUGAAAAUGUGAAAUAUCUUCCCGGUGUCAAAGUGCCAGACAGUGUGAUAGCAGUGCCUGAUUUAUUGGAAACUGUAAAGGAUGCAGACAUAUUCAUCUUUGUUGUCCCUCAUCAAUUUGUUCGUAAACUUUGUGAAGAGAUGAAAGGACACAUCAAGAAGGAUGCAAUAGCUGUAUCCAUGAUUAAGGGUUUUGAACAAGCAGAAAAGGGCAUUCGACUGAUCUCUCACUCAAUAUCAGACCUUCUGCAAAUAGAAUGUGGUGUUUUAAUGGGAGCUAACCUAGCCCCUGAAGUAGCUAGUGAACAGUUCUGUGAAACCACAAUUGGCACAAGAAAUACUGAAAAUGGAAAGGUGUUAAAAGUGUUAUUUGAAACCCCAUACUUCAGGUGUUCUGUUGUGGAAGACCAAGACACAGUGGAGAUGUGUGGUGCCCUCAAGAAUGUAGUUGCUAUUGGAGCUGGCAUUGUAGAUGGGUUAGGCUGUGGGGACAACACCAAAGCAGCUGUCCUCCGACUUGGUCUCAUGGAAAUGGUAAAAUUUGGAGAGAAAUACUUUCCAGGAUCUAAGAUGACUACCUUUUUUGAGAGCUGUGGAGUGGCUGACUUGGUGGCCACAUGCCAUGGAGGCAGGAACCGGGCUCUGGGGGAAGCUGUUGUCAAGACCGGAAAGACAAUCCAGGAAUUAGAGAAGGAGAUUUUACAUGGUCAGAGCUUUCAGGGGCCAUUGGUGGCAAGAGAAAUAAAUACAAUGCUCAAGGAAAGUAACUUGGAGGAAAGCUUUCCUCUCUUUACAGCAAUCCAUAAAAUUUGUGCACGAAUAAUUGAUCCAAAAGAGUUCAUCCCUUGCUUACGUGAUCAUCCAGAACACCUUUAACCUUUAGUCUUAAUGCUACAAUAGUACUUAUGUUUUGUACGGCAUCCAUGUUAAUGUUAAUAUAAGUACUUUGGAUCUCUAAUAGAAUGUAGACCUGUGAACAACUGUAUAAAGCUCAGCAUUAUAAUAUUCAGUGCUGUUGCUUGUGGAUGUUUUUCAAGUGUUGCUGAAGUGUUGGGGAUUGGUGGAGUUAUAAUGUUCAGAUAAGAUUAUUUUAGCCACUGAUCUUUAAGACUGUAACUUAACACACUGACAUAUGUUGCGUCUGGGUAAGAAUGCUUGAGUGUAAGAAGCCAUAAAUGUUUGAUCUAAUAUACUGCAUAUUUAUCUAUAGACAAUAAUCUGUCCUACAUUUAGUGAUGUAGAUGUGGAUGAUGUGGGUCAUUACAGAGCUAUUUACUGUAUAAAAAUCUGUGAAAAUGCUAUAUGAUUGUGAUGUUCAGUGAACUCAGUAUUUCAAGCAUUCAAUAUGCAUCGGUAUUGAACAUAAACUGUGAUUUUUUAUUUGGUACUUUUGACUUUCUUGUACAUUUGCAUGUCUAUUUAUACUAGGGAUUAUUUAUUUACUAGGGAAAAGGCAUGGGGGCAUGACAGCCCCUUCUCAUUGAGGUUUACUUUGGUUUCCUCAUUUUGUACAUCAUUUUCUGUGCAGUGGCAUUUUGUCUAAUAUAUUGAUUACCAUAACCUUUGGUAUGUGUUACAGAUCUGCUUUGCAAUGCAUAUUUAAUAAUGAAGCAGUGGGUGGCUGCAAAUGUGUGUUAAGAGGAGGAUGUUUACCUUUAGACAUGUUUGAUAUACCCUUAUUGUUGCUGUAGUUAUUAAAACACCUAUGCAGUUUACUGGAGUGUAGGGAUACUUAAAUAAAGCUAUACAGUUUUAAACUGACAAAGAGCAUUGGAUGCGAUGGUGGCAGACUAUUGUUCUUUGUUAAUAUUGUUGAUCUGUCUCUUUUUUUUUGAUGAUGGGUUAUUCAUACUUCAUGCACAAUCUGAUAUAUUGAUGAUAGUGGUGAAAGGUUAAAGUAUUCUUUUUUCUCUGAAUUUAUCCCUCAUUUUUGGUCCUGAACAGGUGUAGGUUAUGUUUAUACCCCGAGCAUCGGCUUCGGCUGGGUCCAAUAACAGGGAAAGCGAUUUUAAACAAAAUGUUAGGGGUAGUAUCUUAAAAAAUAACGCACAUAUAGAGGAUGUCCAUUGUUGAUUUUCUGUGUGUAUAUUAAUAACCAUAAAUUACCAAAUUCAUGACUUCCAUACUUUAUGUAUUGAGCUGAAGUUUUGCAUUCAUGUAUCUCCAACAGGCUAGCUCUUUGGUAGCCUUGCUACCCCAUGUAAGUUCUAUCUAUGUGGAAUGGAGGAUAUACUGGCAGUUUAUGUGAAGAGUCAUAAGACGGGACAAAUGUGAGACAUGCCUGUCUGAGAAAAGUGUGAUGUUCAGCAGUUUGGUCAAGGAUGUUGUAUAUAGCUAUUGUGGUAGAACAUAGUACAAUUUGUUCAAGUUACAAGUGUUAUGAGGCUGGAACAUUUCCAUUAAUUUCCUCAUGGACCUUCUUGUUACAUGCUUUUACAUUUUUACUUACAUACUUACAAAACUUUUUAAUAGUGUAAUUUUUACUCUUUAUUAACUUGUUGUUGGAUGUAUAAUUUAGGACCCUAUGUGCCAAAUCUUGUGUCAUUUUGAACUGGUAGAUGCAGAGAAAUGUCACUGUAAGAUGUGAAACUAGGCACUAUGACAUUAGGCAUUUAACUGUGUUUUGACGAUGCAGAAACUGCUGUUAUAGCUAUUACACAAUAUUGAGACGUAUACCAAAACAAUGACUUUAGUCUUGUAAAUUUCUAAUAACAUCCAAUUAUGACAAUGUGCAAAAGUAAAUAUAACUCUUGACAAAAGAAUUUUGUAAAGUAAACUGAUAACCAUACAGUAACUCCACUAUUCCACCCUAUCAAGCCAGAAAAACCUGUUUCGAGAAGAUACGACAACCCAAACUUUAAAAAUUUUUAAAGAUUUGAUUACAGUUAGUAAUCUCCACUAAAAUGUGGUGUUAUGCAGUUGUCAUCUUUUAAAUACCAUUGCCAUAAUACUGUAACUCAGAAAUAGCACACAAUGCAGCCUGGGUAGUAAGCUAAUUUUGGUUAAGAUAGACUGAUAUUUUAAUCCCAGGUUUGACCAAAGUCAAGUGGAGUAGAACAGAGCACAAGUGACAUGCUUAUAGCCAGAGGUCCUCUUCUAGUGAUGUGUCGUGUUAACUGUUUACAUAGUUUCAGCUAUAUAAGAAAUAUGCAAAUUUGUAUAUGCUUGUAAGAGCAGUUAAGAGUCAUAGUGUGUAUUUAGGCUGUGUAUUCAUUUAACCUACUAGCUCAUGCUGAUGCAGGUUCAUGGAUCUUUAUUGCUAGCUGGCAUAUUAACUGUGCUCAGGGCAAGUAUUUUCUUCCAAGUUAUAGAAAGAAAAAAAAACAGAUGUGUUUUGCAAAAAAUUUUGAAAAAAAGUGUAUGUUGACAGUUUCUUGUACUGAAUUGAGGCAAUGGAAUUAAUGUAAUGCGUCAUGGAUAAACCAUACAUGAUUUCCCUCAGGAUUAUGAAUGCUUUGCUUUGCGGUGGAGUGUGAGUUAUUGCAUUUGUCCACGUCUGUGUUGUUUAGAGCGAAUUGGGUAGUACUUAGUGCUUGACAAAGGUAUCCAAGGCUUAAAAAUACAGCGAUAACUUGUGAUUUGGGGAACCCAUGUUUGUAUGUCAAUAUAGUUGGCAAGUCAUUCAAAAUUUUACUGUUUUUCUGUGUGUUUUUUAUGUCUAUAUUUCUCUCUCAGUUCACUUGUACAAGUCUUCAAAAUUGUUGCUGUUUUGUUUGU